GCCAUUGAGGUCACUCCCACUGACAUAUGAGUCGCGAAUCAUCAGAGACUUGAUUGCGAGUUGACUGUGGACAUGAGCUGAUCAACCUGACACGACCGAUCUGCACGGAGCGUCUCGCCGGCGUCGCCCGAGCGACUCGAAGGAUGCAAGACGAAAAGUUGUCAUGGCAUUUGCACCACACUCCGGACAACACCUUCUACCUGCCUCUCCAUUUCCACUGUUUCCGUCGACAUGGCCUCCUCACCUCCCGAGGGUAUCAACCUGUACUCUCGCUUUGCCCUCGCCGGUGCUCUCGGCUGCUCCGUGACCCAUGGCGCAUUCACGCCCGUAGAUGUCGUCAAGACGCGCAUGCAAAUCGACCCUCUCACCUACAACCGCGGCAUGAUCGGCGGGUUUCGCCAAGUCAUCCAGAAUGAAGGCGCCGCCGCACUCUUGACCGGUGCCGGCGCGACCUUUUCCGGCUAUUUCAUCCAGGGAGCCUUCAAAUUCGGCGGGUACGAGUUCUUCGCCUCAGUCGCUCUCUGCCCGCUCGAAGCGACGCGUAUUCGACUCGUGUCGGACAAGACGUUCGCUUCAGGCCUCGUGACUGGGUUCACCAAGAUUCUCAAGACGGAAGGCCUUGGUGGGUUCUACAGUGGCUUUGGACCGAUUCUCUUCAAGCAAGUCCCCUACACAGUAACCAAAUUCGCCGCCUUUGAAAAAAUCUCCGAACUCGCCUUCGCUCGCCUCGACAAGUCCACCCUCUCCGACUCCGCUCAGACCGGCAUCAACCUCGGCUGCGGUCUCCUCGCGGGAUUCGCGGCGGCUAUUGUAUCCCAGCCAGCCGACACUAUGCUGUCCAAGAUCAACAAGACCAAGGGUCUACCCGGUGAGGGUACCGUUUCGAGACUGGUGAAGAUCGCGGGCGAGUUGGGGUUCCGUGGAUCGUUUGCUGGACUUCCGACGAGGCUGUUCAUGGUUGGUGGGUUGACGGCGGGGCAGUUUGCGAUUUAUGGGGAUAUUAAGAAGAUGCUUGGCGCUACUGGAGGGAUUGAGAUCGCCAAAUAGAGAUAGAGCGUGCGUGACGUACAGAUAGAUCUCCAGCGUUCGCCGAGCGGGAGAGAAUGCUACAGAGCAGGGGGCCAUCCAGAUCCCAGGAAUGAUAUUUGAAGCAGCAGACGUCGGUGCGAUUUGCAAGACGAUAAAUAUACACCACUCUC